AUGGCUGUUGAAUCAUUUGUGAAGAAUGCACAAAAUAGUGUACCUGAUAUGGAUGAUGAGUGGAGAUGUAAUGAUGUUGGUUAUGAUUUCAGUUUUGAUAGGGCUGGAAAAGAUCAAGAAGGAGCAUACACUGCUGGCAAAGGAGCGAGGAGUGUUGGUAAAGACGCAGAAGAAGAAGCAGGGAGUGUUGGUAAAGAAGCUGAAGCAAGCAAAAGAGCAGAAGCAAGUAACAAAGAAGCACAGCAAACGGAAGAUGUUUUAAUGGAAGAAGCAAGUAAUAGAGAUGUUGUCAUGGAGGGGAAAGUAGGUGUGACUGAACCAGAGGGUGAUGUCAUGGAAGAAUCUGAGAGUGUGAUCGCUGCAGAAAGUCACAUUGAAUCAGAGGGUGAGACUGAUAAGGUUGGUUAUGAAGAAAUUGUGUGUACUCCUAGUGUAGUGGUAAAGAGAGGAAAUCAGAAACUAAAAAUUUUAUCAUCUCAGAAGAAGAGGAUUAGAAGACCUUCUCGUUUCCAACUGUCUAAUUUGAUCAUUAGAAGGCCUUCUCGUUUUCAACUGUCUCCUUUUGAUCAUUAG